AUGUUGUACAGACAGGAGAAGUGGGGAGAUAUUUGCUCACAAGACAAGCGUGUGUGUCUCAGUGACAGAGACCUGGUCUAUCUCCUGGACACGAGGAGAGAGCAAAGGUCAACCAGAAACUGGAGGAGGCUGUUUCCAUCUGUACUUUCUACCUGUGCUGAAAGUGGCUUCUUGAAAGAGCACCAAAACUGGUCCCUCACACUGGUGGAGCAACUGGCUGUUGCUAUGGAGAGAAGCUUUCUACGUAAAACUUCAACUUUUUCUGACUUGAACAUUCCAAAAAUUCCUGCUGGCCCAGCCACUGGAGGUGAGGGUGUUUCUGAAAACUUGCACAACAGGCGUGGUAAGGAAGAUCCCAACAGUCGUCUGUACCUGAGUGCCAUAGAAGUUUCACCCUCCCUGACCAUAGAAUAUGGAGCUUUCACAGACAAACGACAUCUUGACGGUUCGGAUCCGGGCAAGGUCUAAGCUCUGUGGCGCAAUCGGCUGGCUGGAUAACACAGUGGACAG